AUGCAUGCCAAGCUAAUUGCACUAAGAGAGGGCUUAGCCUAUGUUGGCAAGUGGUCAAGUCUGGUGUGUCAUAUCGAAUGGGAUUCUCAAGGUGUGUUACACUCAAUACAACAGGGCCAAGCUGAUCUGUCCCACCUAAGAUGCUUAAUUGAGGAUUGUAAAGCACUUUGGGCCAAACAAGAGAUUGUCUAUUUGAGGUAUAUGGAGAGGGAUGCUAAUGGGGUUGCAACUUGCUAUGCUCUGUACUCCCAGGGAAUGGCAGAAUGGGUUAUUGAUCCACCAGAUUUCCUAUAG